AUGUCUCUAGUCACCUAUGCCAGCAGUGAAGAGAGCAAGCCGGAGGCAGAGCCCGAGGUGGCCUCCUCAGCUCCAGCAGCUGGACCCAGCCUGGGAGUCCUCUUCCCCUCCCUCCCUCUGCCCAAGGGUCCUCCCCUCCUGUCCCCACCUCUGCAGCUGCCGAAGACCCUGCCUCCACCGGCCAGAGACCCCAAACUGCAGCCCCUGGCCUCACUGCCCUCCAGCCUGGGUGGCUCCUGCCCGCCCCCGGGCCUCAGUCUGGCUGAGGCUGAGGGGGUGGGCAAAAGGCUCUGGCUCUGGCUCUGGCUCAGGCUGCCCCUACCUUGGGCCCCAGGUCUCAAGCUGCCCUCUCCAAUUGGCCACACCCAGCCCUCUCUGAGGCUCUCCAAGCCAAAGAAGAGGACUAGGGAGCUGGUGAGGAUCCCGGCCCCAGAGCUGCACCACGGAGAUUCAGAUUCAGAAGAAGACGAACCCACAAAGAAGAAAACAGUUCAGGGAUCUGGGGAGGGGACAGGUUUAUCAGCUUUGCUUCCCCAGCCCAAAAACCUGAACACAAAAGAGACUAGCAGAUUGCUCCUGCCCUGUGCUUUCUCUAGAAAACCCAGGGAUGACUCUGCUGACACCAAGCUCUCCAAACUGGUCCCCAAGACCAGAGCUGCAGCUUCUACUUCCUCCUCUUCCCCUGUUGUGGUGGGGGCCUCCACCACUACCCCAUCACCCUCAGCCAUCAAAGCAGCUGCCAAGAGUGCUGCCCUACAGGUGACUAAAGGGAUCAAACAAGAGGAGGAUGACAGUGAUGAGGAAGUAGCCCCUGAGAACUUCUUCUCCCUUUCAGACAAGGCUGAGCCUCCUGUAGCUGAGCCAUCCCCAUCCCUUGUCCCUGCUGCUUCUGAAGAGCCACCCCCAGGCACAGAGCCAGAGUCUGUCUUCCAGGAUGAUGGGGCCAAUGCUCCCCUUGAAUUCAACAUGGUGGCUGGCUCAAGUGGGGAUCCCUGGGUGCCUGGGGAGGACUACAGCAGUCAGCCCUACAACCAGUUCCCUACAUAUGGUGAUGCUAGUGCCACUGGCAGUUACUCUCAGGAUUAUUACAGCAGUGGCUACUACCCUGUGUCUGAUCGAGCCUUAGCUCCCCCCCCUCCCCAGGAGAUUACCCCACAUACCUCUUUCAUUGAGGAUGAGGCCUUCAAGAGGCUUCAGGGCAAGAGGAACCAGGGAAGGGUGGAGAUUAGCUUUGUGGAGAUCAAAGGGGGUGACCAGCUCAGUGGGGCCCAGCAGUGGAUGGCCAAAUCCUUGACAGAAGAAAAAACCAUGAAGUCCUUCAGCAAGAAGAAGGGUGAGCAGCCACCAGGCCAGCAGAGGAGAAAACACCAAAUCACAUAUCUGAUUCACCAGGCUAAGGAGCAAGAGUUGGAACUCAAGAAAGCCUGGUUAGACAAUAAGCUCAGCCAUGGCCAGACCCAAGCCAAAUAUGGAUUUUAG